AUGGAUGAACUGCGAUACCCUCCACCUUCCGUCUCAAUGAAUAAAGACUAUGAAGGACAGACUCUAGACCCGAUUCACAAUCAGGAGGAUGCGGAAGAAACUCCUCAAGAUCAGCCAGAUGCAGAAAUCGAGCAUGAGGAGCACGAACCUCCAAAGAAGACCCAAACUCGCGCAGUCUGGGUUCCUAUUGCUGAACACAAUCGAAUCACAAGAAACCAAGCAAAGGCUGAUGCUAUACCUCAAAAUGCCAUGUACACAAAAAAAGAACAGGAAUCUCAAGACAAAGAAUUCCAAAACGCAUUUUUCACAGGAACAGAACAUAACACACAAAAUGCAGAAGAAGCUCUUGCUCGAUCUGAUGGAGAUCUCUGGCAUGAGGCCAUUGUCUCUGAAUAUUGA